UGCAGUUCUAAAAUAUUACGAGUUCCCUCAGAUCAAAGAAAUUUAAUUUUAAUUAAGUCCUUCAAUAAAUCAUAAAAAAUGGCUCCUGAUGCAAGCAACGGCGGCGUAGUGUCGGCCAGGCCCACGGCGGGGCGGGCAUACGUGACGUUUCUCGCCGGAGAUGGCGACUACGUGAAAGGCGUGGUCGGGUUGGUGAAGGGACUGAGAAAAGUAGGCACGGCUUACCCGGUUGUAGUGGCGGUUUGGCCGGAUGUCCCGGAAGAGCACCGCCGCUUACUGGUGGCGCAGGGCUGCUUCGUCCGUGAAAUUGAGCCAUUGUACCCUUCGGACAAGUACAAGUCUCCGUUUGCUAAGGAUUAUUAUGUUGUCAACUACUCUAAACUCCAAUUUUGGCAGUUUACAGAAUACAGCAAAAUGAUAUACUUGGACUCGGACACGCAAGUGUUCGAAAACAUAGAUCAUCUGUUUGACCUGCCGGACGAGAAUCUAUACGCAGUUCCCGACUGUGUGUGUGAGGAAGACGGGCCACCCUGCCCAGAGACGCUCCCCUGGCCCGAAGUAUUGGGGCCCAGGCCUGCCUUUUAUUUCAAUGGAGGCAUGUUUGUGUUCCAGCCCAUCCUUUCCACCCACAACCAGCUUUUGAAGACUUUCAAAGCCACCCCUCCUACUGCUUUCGCAGAGCAGGACUUCCUAAACAUGUUCUUCAAAGACAAGUGCAAGCC